AGAGGAGAAGUCAUGAGCAAGUGAUGGAAAGUAUGGAGGUGGGAGCGUCUGCAGCUGCAGCUGCUUCCUCUCAGUUUCAGAGACAGCAGCGCUCAGGCUCAGGCUCAGGCUCCGGCUCCGGCUCAGGUCGCUGGAGAAAGAUAAGAGAUGUCAAGAACGGCGAGGAUGAUGCUGAGCUUCAUCACAUAUCGGGGAGGAUGUUCAUGAAUGGUGCUAGUAAAAUCGCCUGUUUGUACACCCAACAGGGCAAGAAAGGAACCAAUCAAGACGCCAUGAUUGUUUGGGAGAAUUUCAGCUCAAGAAAUGAUACAGUUUUUUGUGGGGUAUUUGACGGUCAUGGUCCUUUGGGUCAUAUGGUUGCAAAGAAAGUUCGAGAUUCUCUUCCUCUUAUACUGUGUACUCAGUGGAAAGCUACUUUGAAUGCUGAGACUGAAAAUGCUCCUGGAAGUACAUGUAUAGAUGAAACUGGAUCCAUGAGCAUGGAUGAUGAAUGGCAUGAACCGGAGGUUGAGGGAAAAGAAAAGCUCCCUGAGAUGUAUCUUCCACUUAAAAAAUCUAUGUUGAAAGCUUUUAAGUUAAUGGAUAAGGAGUUGAAGUUGCAUCCAAGAAUUGAUUGCUUCUGUAGUGGAUCGACAGCUGUUGCUCUGAUCAAGCAGGGUAAGGAUCUUGUGAUUGGGAAUCUUGGUGAUUCAAGAGCAGUUCUUGCCAUGAGAGACAAAGACAGGUCUUUAGUUGCUGUACAGUUAACCGUGGAUUUGAAGCCUGAUUUGCCAAGAGAAGCGGCCAGGAUCCAGCAAUGCAAAGGAAGGGUCUUUGCGUUGCAAGAUGAGCCAGAGGUUGCACGAGUAUGGUUGCCCAAUAAUGAUUCACCUGGUUUGGCAAUGGCUAGAGCUUUUGGUGACUUUUGUCUGAAGGAUUUUGGAUUAAUUUCUGUACCGGAUGUUUACUACCGUCACCUUACUGAAAGAGACGAAUUCAUUAUUCUCGCAACUGAUGGGGUUUGGGAUGUCCUAUCAAAUAAAGAAGCUGUGGAUGUAGUGGCUUCAGCCCCUAGUCAGGCAACAGCUGCCAGAGCUCUUGUAGAUUGUGCUGUUCGAGCUUGGAGGCUUAAAUACCCUACUUCUAAGAAUGAUGAUUGUGCUGUUGUAUGCCUAUUUCUAGAUCAUAUAUCUGCAGCCAACACGGCCGUGGUAGAAUAUAAGAUGACAAGAAAUCCUGAUGAGCCAAUAGAGAAGGCAGUCAUAGUAGACUCAAAAAAUGAGGGCCUAAACGUCAAUGAAAAGUCUCAGGCUUCUUUUCUAGAGUCUUCGGGUACUUUACAAUUAGGAGCAGAUGAGAUUGUUCCUGCCAGCGAACAAGUCAAUGAAACAGUUUCUGGAAAGUCCGAGAUUCAAUCUAAGAGGAGCCUAGCUGAGUGCAUUUCUAAUGCUGAUGAUGAUGAAUGGUCAGCCUUGGAAGGUAUCACCAGGGUUAAUAGUCUUUUAAGCCUUCCAAGAUUUCUAUCUGCGGAUAAAAGAUCGACCAGUUGGAGAAAGUGGUUAUGAAGCAUGUUACGGCUGAUAACCCCAGACUUCAUUGCAUUCGUUUGAGCAGGAUAAAACUUGAGAGAUUCUCAUGUCAGAACUAAAUGGUUGAAUCUGGCUUCUCAGCAAUCAAGGCUGAUAACCCUCGAGAAAAGAUGGAAGCCGAUGAAAGGCAAAUUCCUUUCCAUGAUCCACACGAGGAUCCACCCAUGAUUUCAUAUGUGAAUGUCCAAUUUGGCUAAGCACCUUGGCAGAUCUUGUGGGUGGUAUUGAGCACUACAGAUGAAAUAGAUGAUGUUGGCUGUCUGAUUAAACCCGACUUAAAUCUUUUGCCUUGAAAAAUUGGUCUCAGAAUUUGUUGGAAGAGAAACUUGUCUUUGUUUGUUUGUUAAAAUAUUCUUUUUUUUUUUUCCUUUUGCUUACUGAAUAAACUGCUACUUGUUAUGGGAGAAUGAAGAAUGCUGAUCCAAAAGGUCUUAUGAAAUUA